AUGAGUCACUUCCACUUCCUCAACAAGGUCCAGCCGAAGCACGUCGAGGAGCUGCAGUGCGGGGAGAACACGGCGGCGGUGUUGCUCAAGAAACGGACCAUCUCGGUUCAGGAGUCGCCCAUGCCCAUCCUGCAGCCCGAUGGAGUGCUUGUCAAGGUCAUCUCCACUGGCACGUCCUUCUCUCUCGCGACGAGGUCAUGCAUCUGUGGCUCGGACAUGCACAACUACCUCUCGGGCGGAGUGGGCGGACGUCCUAUGAAGGAAGCCAUCAUCCCGGGCCACGAGUCUGCUGGAGAGGUCAUUGCGGUGGGAGAGCUGGUGACGAGCCACAAGGUGGGCGACCGGGUCGCCGUGGAGCCGGGACUGCCUUGUCGGCGGUGCAUCAACUGCAAGAAUGGGAGGAGCAAUAUCUGCUUGGACAUGCGGUACUGCGGCGCUCCUGGAUCGGUCGGAUCUUUGUCGAAGUACUUUGCUCUUCCUGCGGACAUGGCGCCCAAGAUCCCAGACAAGAUCUCGUGGGAUGAGGCGGGAAGCAUUCAGCCUCUGGCAAUCGGUGUUCAGAUUGGCAAGCGAGUCGACCUCAGGGCUCAUCAGACCAUCGCCAUUUUCGGGUGUGGUCCCAUCGGUCUCAUCACCGCAGCCGUCGCGCACGCCUACUCCGCCAGCAAGAUCAUCGCCUUCGACAUCAAUCCCGACCGUGUCGCAUUUGCCAAGAAGUACAUCUCCCCCUUGACCGGCAAGCCCAUCAUCGACCAUGUCUUUCUGAACAAGGUCGUACCCACCUCGGCCCCCGACGACAAGGACACCGGUCUUGCGAGCAAGAUCGGAGAGAACGGGUCUGGCGCAGGCGUAGGCGAUGGCGAAGUGGAUGACCAUCACGAUGAGGUAUCUGUCGCGGAUCGGAAGUGGGAGGCUGCGACCAAGAUGGCGGCUCAGUAUCUGAAAGAGGCUGGACUGGAGGAGGAUGAGGGUGUGGACCGGGUGAUCGAGGCGACGGGAACGGAGGACUGUUCGAUGUUGGGCGUGGCGAUCGCCAAGCAGGGCGGUAUCAUGCUUGCUGUCGGUCUCGGCCACCAUCAGACUCUCGCCAUCCCAACGAUCGCCAUCACAAACAAGGAGCUCGACUUCCGCGGAGUGACUCGCUACACCCCAAGCUGCUUCCCAUCCGCUAUUGAGAUGCUCAACCGCGGAGUCGUCGACCUCAAGCAGCUCAUCACGAUCAAGUUCCCUCUUUCGCAGGCGCAAGACGCAUUCGAGGCGGUCGCGAGCGGCAAGCACAUGAAGGUGUUGAUCAAGAAUCAGGAAAUGUGA